AUGGAUAAGAACAGUGCUCCAAGUCCAGAUGGAUCUGAUGGAGCUUUCUAUCAUGUAUCUUGGGAGAUUAUAAUGCAAGAUAUAGUUGAACUUAUCCUGGCUUUGUUCAAUGGGAAUAGCAUGACCAGGUUGGCUGCUAUUCUGCCUAAGAUUAUUUUGGAAAAUCAAAAUGGAUUCGUUUCUGGUAGCCUUAUUACUAAGAACAUAAACCUUGCUCAAGAAAUUGUUCAUGAUAUUAAUAAGGAGAUAAUGGACAUGGCCAAUGCUUAUGACAGGGUUACUCAUCUACCUUAUGUUGGUGAUGUAAUAAGAUUUACAUCUGGAUCCAAGAAUUUACUAGAUCAGAUCAUGCAGCAGAUGAGAAACUAUGAGAAGUGUUCAGGUCAACCUCCUGAUAUGAAGAACACCUGGAAGCACUUUGGUGCUCCAAUGGGAAUCCGUUAG